AUCCCGUCAGCGCGCAGCUGACGCAGGAAAGUCAGCCUGUUGCUCCAAAAAGUUAAACCCCCUCAGGUCGUGUGUGGACUCAGAUACCGGCGGGGAUUCAGACCGCUUUCUGUUCGUCUGUCUCGGCGUGUUCUCUCCGAGCGUUGCCGUGUUUUUGAAUGCUCGCUUUUACGGCUUUCACUGAAACAAUGCAGCUAACCGCUCCGCAGCCCACCCUCUGAGAUGGAGAAACCCCUGACAGAAGAUGACUGCGUGGAUUCAGGAGCCGAGACUGGAGGGUCUGAUUACAGUCCCUUGUCCUCAACCAGCAGUGGAGGUGAGUUAUCCAUGGGUGAACUCCAGGAUCCCUUCCUCGUCAGCGUCCACCUCAUUGCUGACCCCGGCGAGGGCAAGUUCUUGCAGCGUGCUGCCGAUGCCGUGCUGGCGUGGGUUCACCCUGAACUGCAGCUCUUCAGAGUCUCAGAGCGGGCCUCCGUGUCUCAGCGAUCUCGGUCGAAGCGGCAUCAAAACGGAAGUCCAGCUUCAGCCUGCCAGCCAGCCCUGGCGGUCAUCCUAUUCCUCCAGGAGGCAUACGGCGGUGAUGAGCACAUACUGAUGCUGCAUCGCGCUCUGCAGAGGCCGCCUUGGCACUACCACCACACUGAAAAAGUCAGCAAUGGCCGGCGGAUGCUACCUCUGACCCCAUGCAGUCAGGACUUUUUCACUCUAUCUCCUGGCACGCCACUCUGGGCCGUGCGGCAGGUUCACUAUGGGAGGGAAAUUGUGCGAUUUACAGUGUAUUGCCGGCAUGAAAAUUAUGUUGACAUGGUGCGGCUGUACAAGCUGCUGCUUCAGCGGAGGGUAGCACAGAAGAAGGAUGACUUUUGCUUCUUUGUGGUGUACUCCAACCCUGAUAUGGAGAUCCAGCUGUCCUUUAAGAGGCUCCCACGAGGCCACAGUCCCAUAGUGUUGGACUCAGCAGUAAUGGAGGUGAGGGUCCGGGAUGUUGGAGUACUGGUGCCCCUGCUGCCACACCCCUGCAGCCCAAUCAGUGAGGUGCGCUGGCAGACGGAGGACUAUGAUGGAAAUAAGAUCCUACUGCAGGUCCAGGGUGCAUACUGCAAACAUAGACGCGAUCCCUGUUACAUAUCCACUGUCACUGAAUCAACCUCAGCUCCAUCCACCUUCGCCCGCAGCGCCACCUCUCACAGGAACCGGCGUUACCAUCAGCGGGUGACAUCCCGUCCAAGAGUCCAGCCAUCCUCCCACUACUCCAUCCCUCUGGCAUGUGAGGAGCCAGAGGAGCAGGAGCAGUGGCCGGACCAGCACCAUCUUGACAGCUGGAGGUCCCAGUGGAGGGGCCAUCGAUCCGGAUCCCUCUUCUCUCUACCCAACCUGGGCUCAGCCAGCUCCCGCUCUGCCUGUUCCUCUCCAGGGCCUUGUCCCAGUCCCCAUUACAGGAGCCACUCCCUUCACCGGAGUUCUUCACUUAUCCCACCCUUCCGGCUCAAUGUGGAUGCUCUGAUCGGGGCAGAGGAGACAGAUGUGGAUACAGGGAACAAAGUAAAUCCAGGUAGCAGUGUGGACCUCACAGUUGUGUCUGCAUACGUCAAAUCAAGCCUUCCACAGACUCCACGGCCAUUAUCGGCCCCACCAGAAGACAUCGGACCCCGCCUCUCUCCUGUCAUCCCAGAGGGCGGCUACAAAUCAGCCACACUGGGCUGGACUCCAAAGAGCUUCUCCAUCAAAAGCUCUCAAUCUGCCUUGCAGUUGUCAUGUCCCCAAAGCAUCAGUGCGAACACCCUGUCCUCAAGUGUGGCGUCAGUAAACCAGUCAGACGGCUGCAGCAUAAUUAAUGCACCAGCUGAAGAGAAGGACACGGCAGAAGAAGAAGAGCAAGAAUUCUACAUCUGAUCUUUUGCUAAAGGCUGAGCGGACUCACUCCGGCCAGUAAUGUCAAAUCUUAGUGCUGAGACAGACAGCUCUACUCUGCUCCCUGGUGUUUGAUAGUAAAACAACAACAAACUGAAGCCACAUUUUUGUGCAUGUAGAUAUAAACUCUGUAAAUGCUAUUUCACAUGUAAUUCCACACAUUUAAUGGAGCAGUCACAUAUCUGUGUACAGAAACACUAUUCAAUAAAAUAUUUCAUCCCUUUC